GGGCGAGCGGGAAAAGAGGGACCUUCACACACUCCCCCCUCCCUCCCUCCCGCGCUGCUUUUUAUUAAUUUUUCAUCUAAAUCAAUAUUUUUAAAAAAUUUCCCUCCUUUUUUCCCCCUCACCCCCCUUCCCCCUCCCCUCAGCCCUGCAGAACAUGGCGUCCCCGUCCUAGCGUUUUAAAAAUAAGCCGGGGCUGCCAUUUUUGUUUGCCUUUUGUCUGCGAAUUUUAAUAAAAACGUCUGAGAAUGUGGGAGAGGCGGCGGAUGGAGGGGGGGUGGGGGGAGCACCCAGCCGGGCCACCCCCCCUUCCCCAAACCCCCCCUUCCACCCCCAUCCCCCGGCCUUUUUGUCUGGCAAACCUCCCCCCCCCCCGCAAAUCCCCUCCCAGGUUGAGGAUUUCAACUUCACUUAACCAAACUUCGCCUUUUUCCACCUCUUUUUUUUUCAUUAUUAUCAUUAUUCCACCAACCCCCCUCCAAGCAGGAAGAAGAAGGAAAGAGAGAGAAAAAAGGGGGGAAAAGCGGGGGGGGGGGGGGGGGGACAUCGAGGAAAAUACCCAUUUACCAGGAUUUUCCCUUUUUCUUUCCCUCUGGAUGGUCUAAUGGAAAAGUUAAUUGCAGCCGAACGUACCUAUUUUUGUGGAUGUUGCAUGUUUAGGGGGGGGUUGCUUUUUUAAUGCAUUCUUGGCUUUUUUUCUGACUUUUUUUGCUUACAGGAGGUGGCAGAAGCAGCGCAGGGGCUGAAUAUUAUCAUUACCAUCAUCAUAAUCACCAUUAUUAUAAUUUUCACCAUUUUAAUUCCUUUUCUCCUUCCUCUUUUCCUCCUUUUCUUCGCUGUUUUCUGCAUUAACUGGUUUUGUCUAGAAAAGUGGUCUCGCUGGCUGGAAGGUCUAAUGGAGGGGGGAGAUAUUUUUUUCAUGGCGUUUUUGGCAGGAAUGCGGCAGCUUUAGCGAGGGACCCAAAUUUCUGUGGCUGUGUCCCAGAGGUCUGUCUGUCCCUCUCCAACAUAUAUUUAGCCAUAUACUAUUUAUACAUCCAUAAUCUCCCGGCCACGUCGGGGGGGCCUGGGGGGGGGGGAGCUUAGAGCCGGCAUGGCCACAGUGAUGGAUUUGAACCCAGGAAUGAUGAAUUUGAUGAUUUUGAUUUCUUUUUCUCCCCUCAAGGUUGGAGGAUGCUCCUUGUUGGGUUAUUUUCCCUCCCCAAGCCUGCGGUCCUUCGGAUAGCAGCCGGGCUUUUUAACCUGGGGAGGAUGGAGCAGGUGAAAGCGGCUUCGAGUCCGAGGCCUUUGAGAUUAUAAAGUGAUAUUUUAGCAGAGAGGUAAAAAAGUUUUUUAAGUCCCUCACGGCGUGCGAUUUGCCGAGAGGCGGAGGGUCCAGGGCGAGGGGAUGGAUUUCACCCCCAAUUUUCCAGCCAGCUCCCCAUCCCUCAGCUUUCCCAACAGCUUGGGGAUGAGCGGGGCUAUAAAAAAAAACCCACUAUUUUUUAUUUUUGUGGUUUUUUUUUUUGUUUUUUUUUUUUUUUUUUUUUUUUAUUUUCCUCUUUUUUUUUGUUGUUUUCUCUCUAUUUUCAGGCAAAACCCCACGUUCCCACGGGUCGGGUAGGUCGGAGCCGCUUCGCUUUUGUUCCUCCGCUGUGGGAUCUCGCGCGCCGGGGGCUGGCGGGGGGUUCGGGGUGUGUGAAGUUGUCCUCCUCCUUGUCCCCCCGUAGAAAAACGCCCCACGUGCAGCACCCGGUCUCAGCUAGAGCUGGAGAUGGACGCGGAUAAGGGGAAGCAACGCCAGUACUCGCAGAGCGAAGGCGAGACAGAGAGGGCUGCCAAGGUAGAGGCGUUCCCUAGAGAACUGUAGCUUGACUUAGCGGCAGUUGGGUAGGAAGUUGGAAGGCUCUAGUGAGCUCGUGCCCACCCGUGCCAUCAUCUACCUCCCAUCAAUCUGGAGCCUCAGCGACACGUCUCCCCAGGCAGCUGCGCCCACCUGGCUCCAGAGGCCACCCUGAUGGCGGAGCCUCGCUUCAACAACCCCUACUUCUGGCCGCCCCCCCCCACCAUGCCCAGCCAGCUGGACAACCUGGUCCUGAUCAACAAAAUCAAGGAGCAGUUGAUGGCGGAGAAGAUCCGCCCUCCGCACCUGCCUCCCACCUCGGUGGCCUCGCAGCAGCCCCUUCUGGUGCCCCCCUCGCCUGCUGAGAGCAGCCAGUCCAUCAUGUCCCUGCCGAAGCUGCAGCAGGUGCCGGGGCUGCACCCCCAGGCCGUGCCCCAGCCUGACGUGGCCCUGCACGCCCGGCCGGCCACCAGCACCGUCACAGGGUUGGGGCUGGCAUCCCGUGCACCGGCCGUCAGCACCUCGGAAUCCAGCCCGGGAACAGGGACCACCACCCCCUCGACCCCCACCUCCACCAGUCAGAGCCGCCUCAUCGCCUCCUCGCCCACCCUAAUCUCAGGAAUCACCAGCCCCCCCCUCCUCGACUCCAUCAAGACAAUCCAGGGCCACGGCUUGCUGGGAGCGCCCAAGGCUGAGCGGGGCCGGAAAAAGAUCAAGGCGGAGAACCCUUCGGGACCGCCGGUGCUGGUGGUGCCCUACCCCAUCCUGGCCUCAGGGGAGACGGCCAAAGAGGGGAAGACAUACAGGUGUAAGGUCUGCCCCUUGACGUUCUUCACCAAGUCGGAGAUGCAGAUCCACUCCAAGUCGCACACAGAGGCCAAGCCCCACAAGUGCCCCCACUGCUCCAAGUCCUUCGCCAAUGCCUCCUACCUGGCCCAGCACCUGCGCAUCCACCUGGGCGUCAAACCCUACCACUGCUCCUACUGUGAGAAGUCCUUCCGCCAGCUCUCCCACCUCCAGCAGCACACCCGAAUCCACACCGGCGACAGACCCUACAAGUGCCCGCACCCCGGCUGCGAGAAGGCCUUCACCCAGCUCUCCAACCUCCAGUCCCACCAGCGCCAGCACAACAAGGAUAAGCCCUACAAGUGCCCCAACUGCUACCGGGCGUACACGGACUCGGCCUCGCUGCAGAUCCACCUGUCUGCGCACGCCAUCAAGCACGCCAAGGCCUAUUGCUGCAGCAUGUGCGGCCGUGCCUACACCUCGGAGACCUAUCUGAUGAAGCACAUGUCCAAACACACGGUGGUGGAGCACCUGGUCAGCCAGCACUCGCCGCAGCGGACGGAGUCACCCGGCAUUCCCGUACGGAUCUCCCUCAUCUAAGCGGGGAGGGGACAGGACCCCCCCAGCACGAGGAGGAGGAAGAGGAGAAGGAGGAAGAGGAGGAGGAGGAGGAGGAGGAGGACGAGACCCCCAGCGCCGCGGGCCGCGCUCGGGCCGUGCUCCUGCCCGGCUCCUGCAGGUUUGGUGACAUCCAAAGACGGUUUCAGAGCACUUUGAAUCUCUGCGGUUUGGUUUCUUUGGGGGGGGCAGUGGGGUUGGGGGUGUCCCCCCUGCCAGGCCCCGCCCCCCCUUUUUGGAUACAAAUAUAUAUAUAUAUAUUUAUUGGCCAAGAACUUGGUGCUGCUAAAGACCAGAAAUUCACCCCAAAAAUGAACCGUGGAUGGAGCAAAAAGCAGCUGGGGGAGGGGGAAAGUCCCACUACCCACCCCCCCCCCACAGACUCUGGGCCCAAGCGCCUCCAUUUGGGGUUGAUUUUUAACCAUUUUGGGGGUCUUUUGUGUUCUCUUGGGGUCCCUUUCGAGGGCGAAGCCGCAGGCAGAGCUGCGUCCCCCGGUGACGGCCCCCCCAUUCCUCAGCCCCAGUUUUGGGGGGUUCGGGGGUCCCCCUGCUUUGCCUUGUGCCUGCCUGUACAUACCCCCUGUAUAGAGCCGGGGGGCACUCCCCCCAAACUCAUCUAUAUUCUGUACUUUUUGGUUCAUUUUGGAUAUUAACUGUGUUAUUUUUUAUACACUUUUUAAGCCUUAACUCAGCGUUUCUUUGGGGUUUUUUGUUGUUUUUUUUUUUCAGGGUGUUUUAUUUACCUUUUAUUAAUUUUUAACCCCUCUGUUAUUUCUUACCCCCCUUAUUAUUUUUACCCCUGCCCCCUUAUUUUUUACCCUCCCAUAAUUUCUCCCCUCAAUGUUGUACGAUAUCAAUAUUGUAACCUUUUUUGUCAGCAUGUUAAUACUGUGUAAAUAUGCCUCUUAUACACUUA